CGUCCCGACUCGUAGCAAACUCGGGCUUGACGGCUUGUCUCCUCCCCGUGGCUAGGGUUUCCUCUGCUUCGUUCGCAGUCAAGAUGCCUCGCUACGAUGAUCGUUACGGUGGUAACACAAGGCUCUACGUGGGUCGUCUCUCCUCUCGUACCAGAACACGUGACCUUGAAGACCUUUUUGGCAGAUAUGGGAGAGUGCGUUACGUGGAUAUGAAGCAUGAAUUUGCAUUUGUUGAGUAUAGUGAUCCCCGGGAUGCUGACGACGCAAGGUACAACCUUGAUGGACGGGAGUUUGAUGGAAGCCGCAUGACUGUUGAAUUUGCUAGAGGGGUUCCACGUGGCUCAGGAGGAUCCCGUGAUAUGGGCAGGGGACCUCCUCCUGGUUCUGGUCGCUGCUUUAACUGUGGGAUUGAUGGGCACUGGGCCCGUGACUGCAAAGCUGGUGACUGGAAAAACAGGUGCUAUCGUUGUGGAGAUAGAGGCCAUAUAGAAAGGGACUGUCAGAACAGCCCUAAGAAUCUAAGGCGUGAAAGAAGUUACUCAAGAUCCCCAUCCCCUCGUCGUGGAAGGGGUCGUGAUAGGAGUUACAGCAGGAGCUACAGCCGCUCACGAUCUCCAAGGAGGGAUAGCCGAGACGAAAGGCGAUCGAUAAGUCCUCGUGACAGCCGCAGCCCUAGGAGGAGCCCUCGUGACAGCCGCAGCCCUAGGAGCCCUCGCGACAGCCGCAGCCCUAAGAGGAGCCCUCGCGGCAGCCCUAGGAGGAGCCCUUCACCAUCCAAGGCGAGGAACCGCAGCCCCACCCCUAAUGGCAGCAGGAGCCCUGCACCAAGGGAACGCAAUGGCUCGGAUCACAGCAUGAGCCCAAGGAGAGCUGACAGCCGUAGCCCGGCAGACCACGAGCGCAGUGGCAUCAGUCCAGCUGCCAACGGUCGUAGCCCUAGCCCGGGAGACUACAAAGACAAUGGCAAUCACCGCACUUCGCCCAGAGGAAGUGCAUCCCCCUGAAUGAGUUUUGGGGAUGGAGUUUUCCUAUGUUCAUGAGCCAUUCCAAACAUUUUUAUGAUUACAUCUGAUCUCUGUGAGUUUUAUUGGAUAAGUACUCGUUUGGUGUUGAUGCUUUGGAUAGACUAUACUAUCUGUUUGUUGUACUUUAAAGUGCACAUGGAUCCAUUGCUCUGUAUUCUAUAAAGUGCAGACCUUUGCGAAGAUU